AUGGAUGGAUCGGCUAGAAGUAAUCUGGGGCUAUCUGGAGGUGGAGGGGCAUGCAGAAAUGAAAAUGGUAACCUUAUCUUCGCCUUUUCGAUUGGAUAUGGUGCAGGUUCAAACAAUCAAGCCGAGCUCCGAGCGAUUCAUGACGACAUUGCUAUGUGUCUAGAAAAGCGGCUGAGUAAGAUUGAGGUUGAAUCAGAUUCAAAAGUGAUGGUGGAUCUCCUAUUGGGGAAGUCGAAUAUUGCUUGGAGUUGGAGACCUUGGGUAUCUAGGAUCCUGAAUCUAGUGAGUAGAGGCACCUCCUUCAAGCUCAUCAAGAGAGAAGGAAAUGGCCCAGCAAACGGUUUGGCCUGUGAUGGGAGCAAAAGGCAAUCCUUCUCCCUUUACAACCACAUGAGCGACCUCCCUACUGAAGUGAGGGGGAUGAUUUUCUUGGAGAGAGUCGGUUUGGGCUGCCUGAUCAAGACCUUUUCUUCCCACUCUUAUGCUAUUUUGUUAGCCCUUUUGGGCAACUCUUUAUGA